AUGGACGAGGAGGGUACACAAUACCAUGCUCGUGUCUUCAAUCAGAAUUUCUCCAGAUUUCGUCAUCUUUUAAAGGAAGAUGAAAGUUAUAUAGUUAUAAAAGCCAAUAUGGCUGCUGUUACUAAUGGUUUUAGUUAUACAAGUCAUAAACAAACCUUAACUUUGGAUUGGAAAAGCAUCCUAAAAAAAUGUGAUGAUUUCUCGGGUCCGGUCAAUGGAUUUAUGUUUGUUGAUUUUAAUUCUAUCAUAGAACAAACAUGCCCAAGAGACACAUUCUUUGAUGUUAUUGGACAGAUUGUGUCAUUCAGCCCUCUUGAAAUUUCAAAUCCAGUAGAAUCCAAACAUUAUAUAAAACUCACUCUUAGCAACCUAGAUUCUGUACAUCUGAAAGUUACUAUUUUUGGAAGUCAAACAUAUCAAAUGUCAGAAUACCUAAAAAAUAACCCGACGGUUAAUUGUGCUGUUAUCGUGAUGCAGUUUUUGAAGCUAAACAUUUGGAAUGGUAUUGGUGAAGCUAAAAGUCAUUUUGAAGUAACGAAAUUGUUCAUAAAUUCUGACAUUUAUGAAAUAAAUGAGUUUAAAAAUAAAUUGAAAUGUCAUGACAAUUUCGAUGACUUUAAUGACAAUUUUCCAUUAAAAACACUUUGUGAGAUCACCGAACCAAUUAAGGAAAUGAAGUUUUUAUUAGUUUCUUCCAUUGUUAAUAUAAGGCUGAAUCUACCAUGGUAUAUAAUUCCAAUCAACGUACAAGAUUGUACUGGAACCAUUGGAUUGACUCUUUUUGAUAGGGAAGCAAAGAGGCUGUUAAAUAUAAGUGCAUACGAGUUGAAAAAGAUACAUGAAGCGAGGCCGGAGACAGUCAUGGAUUAUUUCCAAUUGUAUGUUGCCUUAUCUAGAGUUCAGGGCAGAGAGGGAUUAGAAUUAUUAAUUUUAGAUAAAGAUGACAAACUCACAAAUAAAACUUUCAAUGUUGUUUAUAAGGAAGUUUUUCGAAAUUUGUAG